GUAAUGAAGGUCUUCAUAUUUCUAUUUGUAACUAAUUACUUUGCGGAUGUUUUGGCCAGAAACUCACAGAUGAUAUGUCCUGAUGAUAGAUUUUAUAACAAGAAAACAGGAAACUGCACAGAAUGUCUGCCAGGAUAUUUUGCAUCAAACUGCUCUAAACUGUGUCGAUACCCUAACUACGGUAAUGAAUGCCAGGAUCAAUGCCCGUGUAGAGAAGAGUAUUGCAAUCACAUUUUUGGAUGCAUCGAAGAUCCUCAAGAUAUCAAAGAACCCAAAGACAGAGUCAACACCAUCAUUGCGGUAACAGUUACUGGAAUUAUUCUUAUCAUCAUCGCUUUCAUCAUUUUAUCCAUAGCAAACCGAAAAUUCUUCACCAGACACAUCAGUCAAAACGCUCACUACGUCGACACUGUAAUAGCUGAACAUACAGAGCACACAUACAAUCCUCACUUACAUCGUAAUACAGAAUACUCUAGGCCUGAUGAAACCUGUGCUCAAACCGACAACGGAAUGUAUAUGUUGGCAAAUACACUUCUAUACGAAUAUACCGCCGUUCAUAAAGAUUAUAGUCAGCAGAACGUAUAAUUCAUACACAAAAGGGACGAAAACAAAUUUAAUGCCCAAGAUAUGAUUUUCAUAAAACUUUUAAAAUAUAAAGGUGUUUUUCUAAACGCUGUGUUUGAAAGCUUUUCUUGUGUAUCAUGAUAUAUAUUUACUUCUUUUGUUGAUGUUGUUUUUGGUAUUUUGACUUGCCUAGAUAGCCAAGCGGUCUAGCGCGCUGUUCAUGCACUGCAAGGAGACAGAUUCCGAAGGUCGAGAGUUCAAUCCCGGGCU